AUGUAUACCAACAACCCUGCUCAAUACUCGUCACCGAUAUUCACAAUGGGUAGCACCACCGUCCUGGAUACCAUUGAACUCGGUCCCUUGGACCAAAUCGCCCCGCGAAUCUACGUGCGAUCGAUCUUCGUCUUCGACCAGGAUGAGAAGUACACCGAGGAGACAAUUACCCAUCUCAAGCUUCGCUUCGAGACUGCUCUUGCCCGCUGGCCCUUCUUGUCAGGCCAAAUUGGCCCAGCCAGCAACAGUCGUCGACCAAACGAACUGGAGCUCACCUACGAUCUGCUUUAUCCCCAGAUCAACAUGGAUCAGCGGCCAGACAUCUUUGCAUAUAGCUCAGUUGAGCACCUUGGAGGUCUCGAUUACCAAUGUCUCAAGAAGCGUGGCAUGCCUCCUUCAUUCAUGGACAAGGACAUCCUGUCCCUCUCUCCUAAUCACCCAAAGCCGGGUAAAUCCUGCCCUCCUGUUACAUUGAAGAUUACAGAGGUUUCUGGAGGAGGUCUCUUUGUCUGCGUUUCUACUCAUCACGCAAUCUUUGACGGCGGUUUCAUCAAGGCGUUUCUUGAGUAUUUUGGCCAGGGCCAUGAUGAAUACCCUGAGCUUGCCUUUCUUGACGAGGCGAUUGAACGUCCGCUCAUGUCCCCUUAUAUCUCCACCAACAUCUCAAAGGCCAUGUUCCCAGAGUACGACUUCAGCCCCAGCAACACCGUCACCAGCACCCACAGCAUUUCAGAGAAGGCCCCCAAAGCAGUCUGUGUACUCUUCAGCAUCCCGAAUGAGAUACUCUCCGAAAUCCACAGCGAAGCCCUCGCUCAUGUACGUGGGAAGCACGGUGAGAAAGCCUUUGUCUCAAAGGCAGACACCCUCUCCGCCAUGAUCUGGGUCCACGUCACCAGAUCCCGCUUCGCCCACCUCUCGGAGCAGGACCACACCUCCUUCACCACCGCCGCAGAUGCUCGCCCCCGUCUAUCUCCUCCUUUCUCCCCUGGGGCAUGGGGCAACGUAUACACACAGACCACCACUGGCCAGAUACCAGUAGGGGACUUAAUUCGAACCUCUAGCUCCGGCAUCCUCUCCUGCGACGCCGUGCCCGCUAUCCUCGACGCCUCCUGGCGCGUUCGCCAGGCUGUCAGCAAGGCGAGCACGCCGGGCUACAUCCCCGCCAGGAUCGCCCUCGCCGCUUCCCAUCCUGACCCCACGAUGGAAGGCAAGGCCUUCAUGAAAGCGCUCCAGCCUGGCCACGCUGGGCUUGGCUGCAGCGUCUGGACGCACAUGGGCGCGGAUGUGGACUUUGGGAUCCCGGGCACGGGGGGUAGGGCUGACUACGUGCGCAAGACGUGGUCUGCCAACGACGGCAGCAUGAAUAUCAUGCAGCGUCGUGGUGUUACCAAGGGCGAUGCUCCUUGGGAGGUCCUUCUUGCUCUGAGGGAGGAUGAUAUGGAGAGGAUCUGUGGGCCCAAUGAGCUUGGUCGCUGGGCGUCUACGUGGUGCGCCUAA